GACAGCCAAGCGACCGACAAGCGCAGGGACAAUGAGAAGAGCUGAGAGUGUGACACGACAGAGGAGAGGGCAGUAGAUGGAGACAAAGUUUGGAGGCAGAAUAAAGAGAAAGUGACCAGCAGCGCAGUGAGAGAUACAAUUUUCUGAAAUCUGUAGAGGAGACGGAGAGAACAGGAUAAAGAGAAGGAGAGGCAGACAGAAACAGACGUCCCUGGACAAACCAUUUUUCUCUUCUCUGGAGCAUGGUGGCAGAGAGCACAUGGAUUUAGUCGACCUCUACCUCCCAGAGUGUUUCACCUACCACUCUGACACAGAACAUCUCAGCAGGAUGUCAGUGAGGGGCUUGGACCCCACCUGUCCCUCCACUAUAAAGCGUGAGCCCCCCAGCCCCAGCUCUCAGGGCGAUGUCAGCCCGGCCCAGCCCAGUCCUGGAAGCUCUUCCUCGGACACAAACUCCAGCUACGGGCCCCUGACGAAAGGCCUCAAUCACGGCAAUGGCCUGGACUCGCCAGGUCUCACAGUGGGACUGGCCAACAAUGCAGGAACAAACAGGAGGUUUGGGGAGGAAGAAAGCCAAGUGAAGUGUGAAUUCAUGCUGGGCACGGUGGCCAAGCGGCUGUGUCUGGUGUGCGGAGACGUGGCCUCUGGCUACCACUAUGGUGUGGCCUCCUGUGAGGCCUGCAAGGCCUUCUUCAAGAGAACCAUCCAGGGUAACAUUGAAUAUAGCUGCCCAGCAUCCAAUGAAUGUGAAAUCACCAAGAGGAGGAGGAAAUCCUGCCAGGCCUGUCGAUUUGUGAAAUGUCUGUCUGUGGGCAUGCUGAGAGAAGGGGUGCGUCUGGACCGCGUUCGAGGCGGCAGACAGAAGUACAAGAGGAGAAUAGACGCUGAGAACAGCCCUUAUCUGCAUCCACAGAACACCUUGCCUCAGAAAAGAACAUUCAUUGUCGGCGGUGUGGUAGAAAACAAGGUAGUGUCUCUGCUGCUGGUGGCCGAGCCGGAGGGCAUCUUCGCCAUGCCGGACCCCACUGUACCUGAGAGUGAUAUCAAGGCUCUGACCACACUGUGUGACCUGGCUGACAGGGAGCUGGUGGUCAACAUCAGCUGGGCUAAACACAUCCCAGGCUUCCCCUCCCUCUCUCUGGCUGACCAGAUGAGUCUACUACAGAGUGGCUGGAUGGAGAUUUUGAUUCUUCGUGUGGUGUUUCGCUCGCUGGCCUUGGAGGACAAACUGGUAUAUGCUGAGGACUACAUCAUGGACGAAGAGCAGUCGAAGCUGGCCGGGCUGCUUGACCUCAACAACGCCAUCCUGCAGCUGGUGAAGAAGUAUAAGACCAUGGGGCUGGAGAAGGAGGAGUUUGUGGUCCUCAAAGCUAUUGCGCUCGCUAACUCAGACUCCAUGCAAAUUGAGGACUCAGAGGCAGUUCAGAGACUCCAGGAUGUCCUUCACGGGGCCCUACAGGACUACGAGGCCACCCGCCACCCAGAGGACCCUCGGCGGGCAGGCAAACUGAUCAUGACCCUCCCUCUCCUCCGUCAGACGGCUGCUCGUGCUGUCCAGCACUUCUGCAGCAUCAAACAGGACGGCCGUGUGCCCAUGCACAAACUGUUCCUCGAACUGCUAGAGGCCAAAGCCUGACCUAAACACAGACAGCCAUUAGCUUUUUCCUGACCUCCCGACGCAGGGGUUAGGAUGACAGGAAGUGAAGGGUCACGGGUAAUGUUGGGGUUUGACACCAUGUAUUUGUCCAUUUCAGCUUUGACAAUAAAGUUUUGAAUCUGCAGUCGCCGGGAAGUAUUUUUAGAGCAACGCCCUUGCUUCUCUCCUUGAAAGUUUGAAUAGAAGUGAAUGAAGCAGUUUAAUUUGCAUUUAGUGUCUUGAAGAUAAGGACAUCUUUGCUGUUUGUGACUAUAAUCGAAGAGCGUCGACCUGCUUCGAAGGUUGAAGACGACUGGACAAACAGCAGUAAAGCAGAAGAAGUCGCCUUCUAGAGAUAUUUACAGUUACAUGCCAAAAGUAGAGCUUCUUUUGUCAAAAGACCACCUGAUACUUGAAAAUCCUCAUGGAUUAUUUCAUCCAUCUUGAAGCCUGUUAAUCUGCAUUCUAGUGCAUUUAGAGAGCCUUUUGAUGAUUUGAUUUUGUUUGUCAUUUUUGUAUAGAAAAGGUAUAUGUCUUACCAAAGAGUAAAGACUCAUACUAUUGAAUAAUACCAGCAUAAUGUCCAGAAUACUAUAAUGUGGCCUGUAAGACAUAAACACACAUAAACCUCCAUCUCUGCUGUGUUGUAUAUCACAAAAGUAUCUUAUCUAUUCACUACAUUCAUAUAUAGGUGAUUAAAAGGAAGCAAUUAAGUGGUCAGAAUCUUAGAAAACAAUAACCGGCCUCCUGAUUUUAGAAGAACAUUUCAGGGAAAGAGUACUUAAUGUCAGGAUACAACAGCAAAAGUGAUAUUUAUUUAAAAGUGGCUCUGUUUAUUUGCUUUUUUUUAUUUACUAAUGUGGCAUUAAUGAAGAGUAGAUUCAAGCAAUUACAGUGGAUAAUAAUUUUGUAAAAGAUUUUUAAAUGAUAUCAUUGUAAGAUAAUUUUUUACUAGCUUCUCUGCUACAGCACUGAUAUCAUACCAUAUCAUGAAAUUCAAGAUGAUUAUAAUUGGAGUGUGUACGUGAUGACCAUAAUGUUGUAGAGUUGUUGUAGAUCCAUAGACAUUAACUUUAACUAUGUAAAAUGGCUGCCAUACUGUAUAAUCUGGAUUAGGGAGGCAUUUAAUGUCGUUUCCACGGUAUAAGUCUAUGUGUAGGAUGAAAUUUGUGCACUACUUUUCCUUUUAGCCAUAAAGUUUGAGGGAACUGGUGAUGGCUCUCUGUUAAAUAUGUUUGUGUGUUUUGUGUGAAGUUAGUUAUAUCUGAAAUUUGUCUUUUUCCGCACACGUUAAAUGAAGGGAUUAAAAUCGGAAGGAAUCUCAGUACAUUGAAUAAAACAACCAAGUCUUGCUCCUUAUUUUACUCAAGGUACUGUGACACUAUAACGUGCAUAUUUGUGUGACAAGAUGAUGGCAGCAAUAUGCCAGUUUAAAUGUAUCUACUGUACGUUUUGCUGUAUAUACUGUACGUCAUGUCUUAUGCCAACAGAAAUGUUUAAAGAUGCAAAUAAGCUUAGUUUGGAAGAGCUGUGCCGUGUUAUUUCAUUCUCAGGUGGAUUCUUGGGCAAUAAAGAUGAACCCCUUAAUGCAAAGCUCAAA